CUGCUCCAACUCGAAAGCAAGAUAUCCAUUUGUAACUGGCGGCGGCGCGGGGCGGCGCACACACCGUCGUCAGACCGCAAGCUCAGCGCCCCUGCCUCAAGAUCGAUCCGUUUGAUCUCAGAUUCGUCCGUCUUCCUGCUAUCAACAAACACCCUGAUCGAAUCGUUUCGAUCAAUCAUCAUUCAGGUGUCUGCAACUGCAAGAGAUGAUGAACCGACGGCUUGUGAAUCUGGCGAUGGCAGACUGCAAGAACCGCAGGUUUUCGUUGCACCGCAUGGAUCUCUCCAAACUCCUCUUCUACCCGUCGACGGCCGAAGCGGAAGCCGCAGCCGCAGGUGGUGGCCACGGCCGCGGCGGCGGCAAGGGCAAGCCACCCAAGAUCCGCAAACUGCGGCUGCCGCCGCCGACCAUGGGCUUCGAGCCAUUCCCAACCGCGGAUCCGUUCCCAUCCAGGGAUCCGUGGUGGCUGGGUGGAGACAGCAGCAUAUUCGUGCUCCUCCACGGCCCCCGCGGCGAGGCCAGCAGGAUCCUCUUCACCAGCAGCGAGGGACAAGCCUCCAUGUACGACGUCGACUCGCGCUCCGUCAUCAGCGUGCCCGACCUCAGCGUGCCCACGAGAGACGGCAACGGCAUGCCCAAGGCCAUAGUUACCGGCGCCGGCGCCGGGGAAGAAGAACGUCUGUACGUGAUGCGUGCCGACGGGCAGUUGGAGCUGCUUGACUUGAGCGGCGGCGGCGGGGACAACAAAAGCCGAGCUACCUUCUCGACGAACAGGAGGGGGAGGCUGCUGUGGCAACCUUUGCCACCGCUGCCCAUGGUAGACCCCUAUAUCCUGUCGUUCACGGUGGUCGACAGCGGCCGGAUCAUCUGCUUGUCGAUUGCUGGGUCAGAUGGCGCCGGCACCUUCUGCUUCGACACGGUGAGCCAGGAGUGGUGGCAGGCCGGCGACUGGCGCCUGCCGUUCCACGGCAGAGCAGAGUACGUCCCAGAGCUCAAUACCUGGCUCGGCUUCUCCGACGACUACCCCGACCACUACCUGUGCGCGGCGGACCUCUCCGGCGUCGCAAUGGCCCCUCGCCAGGCGCCGGCGCUGCAACACGUCUGGGAAGAUUUUGAGCCACCGCCCACGGAGAAGACGGUAUCGCGGGUGCCCAACUGCCCCGGCAUUUUUGUCACCAAGACGAUGUACUGGUCGAUUCCCCAGCUUUUUCUUGUUAACCUGGGCUCCGGGAGGUUCUGCGUUGCUAAGGUCGUCCAUGGCAUGGAGCUCGUAUCAGUCUUCUGGUCCAUGGAUAGCCAUGAAGGACCAACGGAUACGUUUACGGUGCUCACCGGCGUUGAGGUCAUUCGCGGCGGAGACGGAGAGCUGCGGAUGGUCAAGCACAAGUCGAGAGAGUUAGUGCACCCCGGACUCGACGUGGCUUGCGUGCUUUAAUUAACGAAGAAUCAGGGUGACACAGAGAAGGGUAAUUCUAAUAAACAAACUCGGUUCGCUUACUGAAUACGUACGUACGUGUUUUA